AUGGAGUACAACAGCCGGACAUCCAACCCGAUUGUCAAAUGGUUCCACAAUUUCGGAGUUCUCAUGCUUCACCAUCGUGUUUUGAGGAGCGUAUUUCAGAGUGCCUGGCGAGAAAAGCAUCAUCCAGACAGUGCCUUCGCAAACCACUUCCGCGCACUGCGGAUGUACCAUCCCCGGGAGUGGUGGGGCGGCGCCCGGCAGCUUCCCUACAAGUGGGGGCGCGCCCACGGCGCGGCCCAGCGCGUCGUCAGUCACCCCGUUGCAUGGGAAGAUGUAUUCUGCGCAGUGUACGGUGAGCAGUGGCGGCUUGUUCGCGACUCCUGCCCGUCUUGCCAGGUGCGGCGCGCGAACCUGGAGUGCUUCGCGAAUGCUGUGUGCCAAGCGUUUGGUCUGCCCGAACUACCGGCGCGCGUGGCCAGCACGCCCGACAGUUGCUUGCCACCGCGGGCGAAGAAGGCUCGCAGUUCCCAUGUCUUGGAAGACUGCCCGGCCCAACAUAGUCUUGCAGACGCGGAUCGUCACGUCGAAUGGGGCGGUCUCAAACGUCGACUUGCUUUCGUGGUGGAUUGCCAGCCGGCGCAGCGCAUCCCAAUGGGCUUGCUACUUCUGAGUGAUCCAGCUUCAGAACAGAUCUUCACGGGCAUCUGCGACAAUUUUGGCCAAGUUUAUUAG